AUGGUCACCGAUGCAGCCAAGGCACAAAUCCCGGAGUGCGUAAAAGAAACGGAGGUGAAUGCCAUACUGCAGGAAAAAGUCAGACACAGUGAGGACAUCUUAGUAGAUAAACACAAAAAGCUGGAGAAGAGAGGGAAAAAUAAAAGCACAGACAAGAGGAGGCAAGCAGAGAAGCAGAAAAAGGCUUCCAUUGUCCAUACGAAGGUAGAUCUUCCACCACACAUGGUGAGGGCUCACCGAGCAGCCUACGAUUACCUAAACCCAAACAUUUCUAGAUAUGACACUCUGAUGGGUCUUCUGGAUCAGGCAGCCCAGACCAAAAUGUCUCUCCAGCCCAUGAUGAAAGCUCUGGUUAUGCACUUUGAGGAGGUCAACCUGGCCCUGGAGGAGAUGGCUGAGGAAGGGGAGCUGAUGUUAAAGGAACAUGGGGACUACAUGGCCUGGCCAUCAGGGAUGACAGGUUCAUCUGAUAUGUCAAAUAAGCCUACCAUGGACACAGACACCUCCUCUGAUCCACCUCCAGACCUGUUACAUCAGCUGCUCCAGCAUUCUCUUGAGAAAAUGAGACUUGUAGGUAACUCUGUCCAAGGACUUGGAGAUUCCACAUUGGAGGAGGUGGUGGAGUACUUUGCUUCCCUCUCCAGGUUGCUGGGUGAGAGGCUACACACCAAGCAGGCAGCAGAGCAACGGCUGGCACUGGUGCUGGGCCGGGUGGAGGUGGCAGCCAUUAAGAGGUCCAACCCUGAGGACUCUGCCCUACACAGUGAGGACAGUGGUAUAGGAGGUGAGAACGAGUCCCUGACUGGCUGUGAGAGACACCGCCGCAGUCGAGGGAGUGCUGGGUCUGGAAGUUCUGGCUCCAUGGGAAAUGGAGACGGAGCUUUGGUUACCAAUGGCAACAACAACAACAACAGCUGGCCAGACAGCAAGGAUGACCUGGAUGUAGACAGCCUACCUCCUCCUCCCCCAGAAGUUCUAAUGGACAAUUCAUUUCAGAGUACAGAGAUGACCCCAGGGAAUGCAGAGGAGGACCCAGACAAGAGUUGCCUUGAAAUAAAUCAAAGGUCUGCAGUGUCCCAGCGCCUGAGGGCAUCCGUGCAGAAUGUGACAGUGCUGCCAAACCGAAUCAGUGUGAGGCAAAGAUCGACUGGUAUCUCACCUCCCCAUCCUGUCAGACAGGAUGCUGUUAUGGGAACGCAGACAGGACAAGUGGACCUGCAACCAGAAACUGAGCUCGAUCAAGAAAGGAAGAAGACCACCACUGUAUACCAACAGGCACGGAAGAUCAUCCAUCUGCACAAUGCUACAGAAUUCCUAGUGAAGAAAAGUCAAGCUCAUCGGGGUGAUUUUAGAGAGACUUCAUCCCUUCAGGCUGGGGCAGCUCAGCUACAAGGGGGUGCUGACCCUUAUGAUGCCGACGUGAUGCCCAGCAGCCUGCCGGUGAUAGCUCCACCUGUCUCUAGAGUCCGUCUACCACCGUCUUGUCCUGUUGUGCACCACAGAUUCCCCAGCCCCCCUGCCUUCACAGUCCAACCCACCCUGGGGUCAUCUAGACCGUCAUCGCGGCCAGGUUCUCCGAGGGCUCUGACUUGGGCCAGAGAGGGCAACACUGAGGAGUUCAUACCCUCUGUGUCCUUCAGCCAUGCUCGUUCAGUCUUUAGUCAAAAUGAGACCUGGACGCCUUCCAGCAGUUCUGUGCUACCCAGACCAUGGGGGGAGCCUUCCCGGGGCAGGCUACCCACACGAGGGGCAGAGACUUCUUCCAGACGAACCCAAUCAGAGCAGAGGCCUAGCUCGACUUCCCAACCUGAGGUUCCUCAUGAUGGAGGUAAAAUUCCCAGCCAGGCAAAAGCAAGCAGGCCUGCCACUUCUAGUAACACAGAAAGGCUGGCCAGCCCUCUGAUGACAGAAGAGGACGCCCAAUCAGAUCCAAGUGCCGUAACUUCGAGCGCCUAA